AUGGGGGCAGAGGAGGCGAGGAGGCCGUUGCUGCUGAUGUUUGCCACUAACAGAACCCACAGUGACAGGUGGAGGGAGAGUUGGGGUCAAGGAACCGUGGCCCUCCCAGCCCCUUUGCUUCCUCUGCCACUCCAGAGCCAGGCCUGCCCCCCUCUCUCCUGGCCUCAGCGACUGAACAUCCUUCUGGGCACAGCACGGGCGAUUCAGUUUUUACACCAGGACAGCCCCAGCCUCAUCCAUGGAGAUGUCAAAAGUUCCAACGUCCUUCUGGAUGAGAGACUGAUGCCCAAACUGGGAGACUUUGGCCUGGCCCGUCUCAGCCGUUUUGCAGGGGCCAGUCCCGGCCAGAGCAGCACGGUGGCCCGGACACGGACCGUGCGUGGCACCCUGGCCUACCUGCCUGAGGAUUACGUCAAGACAGGGAGACUGGCCGUGGACACGGAUACCUUCAGCUUCGGCGUGGUAGUGCUGGAGACCCUGGCCGGCCAGAGGGCCGUGAGGACGCAUGGUGCCGGGACCAAGUAUCUGAAAGACCUCGUUGAAGAAGAGGCCGAGGAGGCCGGGGUGACUUUGAAAAGCACCCAGACCACACUCCAAGCAGGUCUGGCCACAGAUGCCUGGGCUGCCCCAAUUGCCACCCAGAUCUGUAAGAAGCACGUGGACCCCAGGCCUGGGCCAUGCCCACCCGAGCUGGGCCUGGCCCUGGGCCAGCUGGCUUGCUGCUGCCUGCACCGCCGGGCCAAGAGGAGACCCCCCAUGACCCAGGUGUAUGAGAGUCUGGAGAAGCUGCAGGCGGCCGUGGCAGGACCAGCCCUGCAGCCAGAGGCUGCCAGCCGAGGCCCCUCUUCCCCGCAGGAAAACUCCUACAUUUCCCUCACUGGCAGUGCCCCACGUGGUGCCAGCCCACUGCAGCCCCUGGCGGUUCCCUCAGGAGCACCAGCCCAGGCUCCGGAGUGGCUCCAGAAAGGCCCCAACCAGCCCGUGGAGAGUGACGAGAGUGUGUCCGGGCUGUCUGCUGCCCUGCAUUCCUGGCACCUGAGCCCGAGCUGCCCCCCGGGCCUGGCCUGGCCAGGCAGCCCCGGGCAAGGGGCCACCGUGUGGGCCCCAGCAGCCCUUGGGCAGGCCGGCUGUACUCAAGGGGGCGCCACCCAAGAGUCGAGCUGGGGGAGUGGCCCAGGGCCCCAGCUGACAGCUCUGGAAGGAUCGCUCGUGAGCAGCUCCGCCUCAUCGCGGCCGCCGCGGAUCGUCAUCAACCCGGCCCGACAGAAGAUGGUGCAGAAGCUGGCCUUGUAUGAGGAUGGGGUCCUGGACAGCCUGCAGCUGCUGUCAUCAAGCUCCCUCCCAGGCUUCGCUGUGGAACACCAAAACAGGCAGGGGCCCGAAGAGAGUGAUGAAUUUCAGAGCUGAUCUGUUCACCUGGCACAUUCCCCAAACCUGGAAGUCAAAGUUCUCAUAGUCGGAAGUUCUCAUGGCUCUCGAAUCCUCAGCAGCCCGUGGGCGGUGGGGGGGUGGGGGCCUCCUCUGCACAGGGGAGAGCAGGUGGUGGCCCCAGCUGCGCUCGGGGUGUGGGCACAGGCCGGGCUCGGAGCGCCCCCGGCCAGCUGCUAGAAGCUGUCUCAAGGCCUGCCUUCGUUCCAGCAUUUGGGGGACAGGAAAGCCGUUACUGUCGGGGCGGAGAGGUGAGCGGGGUGGCCAGUCCAGUAGGAUGGAGCAGGGAGCUGGCUCCCCUAAGACCUGGGCAGGGCAGCCCUUAGGCCUUCUCUUUGGACUUGGCUGAAGCCCCAGGGAGAAGAGGCUGCUCUGUAGGAGAGAGCAUAUGAGGCCUGGGGCCCUCCCAGCCUCUUGUAACUUGAAAAAGUAAGGUGUGGCUGUUCUGUGGUUCGGUUCACGCACGAGACACCCGAGAGCCCGGCAGUGCCCUCUCAGGCUGCACCAGGGACCCGGGAGCAAAGCCUAACGUGAUGGCCUGCCGGCCAGGCCACCCCUGGGUGCGCCCGCCGACGGGUGCCAAGCCAGGUCAGGCUCCAGAGGCCACUGGCUCGGUCUCACUCAGGGCCAGGCAGUGACAAUGACAGAGGGGCCACUGCCCAGGUCUGGGCUAGGCCCAAACCUUAAGUUACCCAGACAGCGAGAAGCCCCAGGAAGGUGGGGAGUUGGAAGCAAGGCAAAGAAGGAGGAAGAAGAAAAUCGGACUCACAUUUUUAAAAGCAAGUCAGGUUUCAUGUAAUUGAGUGUCUUGGAAAGAUGUUUUAUCUGCGACCAUGAGUCACACUACAUGCCCCACGAAGCUAGGCGUUGCUGAAGUCCAAGUUGUCCAGGAGGAAUAAAAGCUUACGUCUCAA